AUGGCACCGCCGAAUACGACGGGAAAAUAUUCACAGGAUGGCCCCGAUAUUGAGAGUCUCCUCGCCCUCAACCCAAAGGUGAACACCAACGCCAAAGCAGUGCCCAGCUACGAGACGAAAAAGAACAAACACAACUGGAAACGGAACUCGGACAAGGGAUGCAAUGGAUGCGGGCCCAAGCUUGACAAUGAUUUCCGCGACAUCAAGCAUACCACGUUGUCGGAGCGAGGAGCUUUGAGGGAGGCACUACGAUGCUUGAAAUGCGCAGAUGCCCCUUGCCAAAAGAGUUGCCCCACACAACUCGAUGUGAAGACCUUUAUUCAGAGUAUUUCGAACAAGAACUACUACGGUGCUGCCCGCCAGAUCCUUUCUGACAACCCUCUCGGUCUUACCUGCGGUAUGAUCUGCCCAACCUCCGAUUUGUGCGUCGGCUCUUGCAACCUUUUCGGCUCUGAAGAAGGGCCGAUCAACAUCGGCGGACUCCAACAAUUUGCUUGCGAGGUUUUCAAGCGCAUGAACAUCCGGCAAAUCGUCUCCAAGGAGGUUCGCGAUAGCCGAAAUGCUUCUCACGAUCAACCCAUUGCUCUUCUUGGAUGCGGCCCUGCUUCGAUCUCUUGCGCCUCAUUCAUGGCUCGUCUUGGUUACACCAAUGUGACGAUCUACGAAAAGCAGGAAUUCAUCGGAGGACUCAGUUCUUCGGAAAUUCCGCAAUUCCGCCUGCCAUAUGAUGUUGUCGAUUUUGAGAUCCAGAUGGCUAAGGAUAUUGGUGUCAAGAUUGUCACCGGAAAAUCUCUCCACAAGGAUGAUUUGACAGUUCAGAAACUGAAGGACCAAGGAGCCAAGGGUAUUUUCAUCGGUAUCGGAAUGCCUGAGCCUAAGAAGAUCGACAUUUUCGAGGGACUUGAUAUUGAACAUGGUUUCUACACCAGCAAGAAUUACUUGCCCUUGGUUUCGAAGGCUAGCAAGCCAGGAAUGUGCGGAUGCAAAUCGACGCAGUUGCCCUCGAUGAAGGGACGCGUGUUGGUGCUUGGCGCUGGAGAUACAGCUUUUGACUGUGCUACUUCAGCUCUGCGUUGCGGUGCCUCAAAGGUUACCGUUGUCUUCCGUAAAGGCUUCACCAGCAUCCGAGCGGUCCCUGAGGAGAUGGAAGCCGCCCGCGAGGAGAAGUGCGAGUUCAUGCCUUUCAUGGCCCCGCGAAAAAUCAACGUCAAGGACGGACGGAUUGUCAGCAUGCAAUUCGUCAAGACAGAAACCGAUGAUCAGGGCAACUGGUAUGAGGACGAAGAGCAGAGCCUGACCCUCAAGGCCGAUUGGGUAAUCUCUGCUUUCGGCUCAACCCUGAUUGAUAAGGAUGUCGUCUCUGCCUUGGAUGGCGUGAAGUUGAACCGAUGGGGACUGCCUGAAGUCGAUAAGGCUACUCAGGGAACUUCCGACCCUGGUGUCUUCGUUGGUGGAGAUAUUGGCGGUGUAGCUGAAACCACCGUCGAAUCUGUCAAUGACGGAAAGGUUGCCGCCUGGCAUAUGCAUCGUUAUCUCCAAUCCCUGCAUGGUAAUGAGGUGCCCUACGAGCCUAAGUUGCCGCUUUUCUUCACGCCUAUCGACGAGGUCGAUAUCUCGGUCGAAAUGUGCGGUAUGAAAUUCGAGAACCCGUUCGGAUUGGCUUCUGCCCCGCCGACUACUACUGGACCUAUGUGCCGCCGUGCCUUCGAGCAAGGAUGGGGUUUUGUAUUGACCAAAACGUUCGGUCUGGACAAGGACCUCGUUACCAAUGUUUCCCCUCGUAUUGUCAGAGGCUCAACCAGCGGACCAGUUUAUGGGCCAAACAUGAGCUCGUUCCUCAACAUUGAGCUGAUCUCCGAAAAAUCGGCCGCCUACUGGUUGCAGUGUGUGAGGGAGCUGAAGAGGGAUCAUCCUACCAAGAUUGUUAUUGCCUCGGUUAUGUGCACUUUUAAUGAGGCUGACUGGCGGUUGAUUUGCAAGCAAGCCGAGGAUGCAGGAGCUGAUGCUUUGGAGUUGAACUUGUCUUGCCCCCAUGGAAUGGGUGAAAAGGGUAUGGGUCUUGCUUGCGGACAAGAUCCCGCGAUCGUUAAGCAGAUUUCUGCAUGGGUCCGUGAUACGGUCAAGAUUCCAUUCUUCCCCAAAAUGACGCCAAACAUUACCGAUAUCCGAGCAAUUGCUCGUGGAGCCAAGGAAGGUGGUGCUGAUGGAGUUACUGCCACCAAUACUGUAUCGACCCUCAUGCACAUGCGGGCUGAUGCCACCGCUUGGCCUCAAGUUGGAUCCGACAAGAGAACCACUUACGGAGGUAUGUCCGGAUCUGCUAUCCGCCCAAUUGCCCUCAAGGCUGUCUCGGCCAUCGCUAACGACUUGCCUGGCUUCCCGAUCCUCGCCACAGGAGGUAUCGAGUCGGCAGACACUGGUCUCCAGUUCUUGAACGCUGGAGCCUCAGUGCUUCAAGUCUGCUCUGCUGUUCAGAAUCAGGACUUCACCGUCGUCCAAGAUUACUGCACAGGAUUGAGGGCCUUGCUUUACCUCAAGGGCAUCAAAUCGCUGCGAGGCUGGGACGGCCAAAGCCCUCCUAUCACCAAGCAUCAGCGAGGCAAGCCGCUCUUGCUCGAGAACUCGCAUCUGCCCAACUUUGGAAAGUUCCGCGAUGAGCGCGAGAAGCAGGAGCAGGAGGUGCUCUCAAGGGCCAAUUUGCUGGAGACAAAUGGCACUCAUUUUGCAUCCCGGCCGGAUAAUCAGCCUGACAAGGUGUAUUCGAUCAAGGACAUAAUCGGGGAUGCUUUGCCCAGAAUUGGACCAUAUGUUACUUUGGAUAACAAGGAGCAGAAGAUUGCCAUUAUCGAUGACGAUAUGUGUAUCAAUUGUGGCAAGUGCUACAUGACCUGUAACGAUUCUGGAUACCAGGCCAUUUCCUUCGACAAGGUGACCCACUUCCCACAUGUCAACGAAGACGAUUGCACCGGAUGUACGCUAUGCUACAGUGUAUGCCCGAUCCCAGAAUGCAUCGAAAUGGUCCCAAGGAAAGGAUGGAAGGCGCCGAUGCGUGGUAUCCUCCCGGAGUUCGAGCCCGGCACCCCAGACGUCGUCAAGGUCGACAACAAGGGAAAGAUCGUCUUGGACCCCAACUCUCCUUAU